AUGAGCUCCUUCCCGCUCCUGGAGGAUGAUAAGACUUUGGUAAAUUUAAGUAUACGGCUUAUCAAAGAGAUCUCGGAUAGGCCGGCCAUUGUUUACGAUGAAAUCUUAGCCCCAGACUGCUCAACACCACUCUCAUCCGCAGACGUACUGGAGGACUACGACAGGGUCAGGUAUGGUGGAAGCAAUGAUGAUGACGAUACAGUGCCAUUUUCUGCUAAAAAGUUUGAAGAUACACAUAUCACUGCUCUAUCCGGAGCCAUGGCAGGGUUCCUUGCGGGAGUCAUUGUCUGUCCCUUAGACGUUGCCAAAACUAGGUUACAAGCCCAGGGAAUGCGUUCUAGCGCCCAUAAAUACUACAAUGGCAUCUUUGGAACUCUCAGUACUAUAGUUCGUGACGAGGGAGCCCGUGGCUUGUAUAAAGGACUAGUGCCGAUUAUCAUGGGCUAUUUUCCCACCUGGAUGAUUUAUUUCACUGUGUAUGAAAGAAGCAAGAAGGUAUAUCCGAAGUUAUUCCCUUCUUUUGACUUUGUGUCUCAUUCAAUGUCAGCCCUUACAGCGGGAUCCGUAUCAACUAUACUGACCAACCCCGUGUGGGUCGUCAAGACUAGGCUGAUGCUACAGACACAUGUGGACAAAAAUUCUACGCACUAUAAGGGCACUUUCGAUGCAUUCCACAAAAUGUACACUACUGAAGGCUUCAGAGCGUUCUACGCGGGACUCAUCCCUUCUUUGUUUGGGCUUCUGCAUGUUGCCAUCCACUUCCCCAUAUACGAGAAGCUCAAGAUCUGGCUACGCUGUUCACCGGCGUUAACAAAUUCAGAUGAACCCAACUUAGAUCUAGCACGAUUUUUCGCUGCGUCGAGUGUGUCGAAAAUGGUUGCUAGCACACUGACAUACCCUCAUGAGAUUCUCCGAACAAGAAUGCAAAUUAAAGUAAGGCCUUCAAAUGGCAAAGAAGAACUACGAAAGUCUACAAACCACGAAUUGGUUCGACUCAUUCGGCAUACCUACACAUCCGAGGGCCUGAGAGGUUUUUAUUCGGGAUUUACAACAAAUUUGGUAAGGACUGUUCCGGCGUCAGCAAUAACCUUAGUCUCUUUCGAGUAUUUCAGGAAGUACUUGAACAAAUUUAAUGAUAACUUCGCCAUAUGA